CGGGCCUCCUAGCUGAAGUUCAGUGGGGAAACACUUCCAAGGGACAGAAAUCCCAGAAAGGAAAUCAAUAUACGCAGAAACUUGAAUGAGCCUGCAGCAGCCCACCUCCGAGUUCAUGCCAAUAUGGCUCCCUCAAAAACACCCAAAAGCACCUCGAGGCCAAAGAAAGAAAAAGUCUUUCACCCAGACUCCCGCAAGGCCGGUCAGCUGAGCCGGGUCCAGCUGCGAAAAGCAAAACUCGCGGACGCAGCAUCAAAGCGAACAAAGAAGCAUUCUGCCCAGGCCGAUGUAUACGGAUUUUUCUACCAUGCAAUAUCUCCAGAAGGCACGCUCUCCCUCGAAGAGCUACAUUCCAUCAUUAGUAAUGUGUGGUUAACACGCCAUGACGAUGAGCUCGAGCAGGAGAGAACUGCUCGCCGUAAGGGCCGACCGAAAAGCACCAAGGAGUUGAAGCUGGAGGAGAUCAAGCUCCGUGAAUCAGAACAAUACCGCACAGGAAUGGAUGUGCCUGAUCUUACACAUGAAGCUACCGUUAAGCUAUUCCGCAAAUGGGAUCAGACGGAAGUUGCUUACAUCCAGCUCCUACGUUUCAUCCGAAUCAGCAGUGUAGAUCCUACGUCUGCAGUCAUAUCAAAACAAGGGGAACACCAUUCCCUCAAAGAAUCAGUUCCUCCGCAAGCCAUCGAUGAAGCCAUGGUCACUGAUCGUGAUGACACGCUCCUCAUUGAACCCCCAUCACGGUUCGCAAGCACAAUGAUGAUGAUGGAUGGUCCACUUCCAUAGAUGAGACACAAAAUUUGAAUACCAAUGUUGGCGGUAUCUACUGUAAAAUAAUUUUACAUGUCUCACAGAUCGUACCAGUAAGCUAAUCAACGUACACCAACCUCUCGCUAAAUUCGUACCCUCCCAUCUCGGUUUCUGUGGGGCUGAAAAGUGGACUAUUCGGUGUCAUCGGCAUUCGUGGGAUAUCCAACUCCCAGUUCCUUUUGAUAAAUU